AUGACCAUGAAGGGAUUGUCCGGCAGCCGCAGCCACCCCCACGCGGUGACCUGCGACCCCUCCUACGACUCCAUGACGCUGGGACACUCCGACCGACGGCCCUACCUCCUCAACCCCGGGGACGCUCACCCUGCCGACCACCCGUACUAUGCCCAGCGCAGCUCCUUUCAGUCCGAAUGCGGCCCCUACCCCGAUCUGGCCAGCUGCACCUUCCCCCGCAGGCACUACAGCUCCCACCACGAGCUGAAGGAGGAGUGCGGCGCCGUGGUGCCUUACACCGGAGGGCCAGCAGGGGGUGGUAAAGGGACUGGAGGCAGCAGCAGCAGUGGAACUAACAACCGCCUACCCUCUAACCUCCUAGAGCAGUUUGACCGCCAGGCGCCUGUGCGGCACGAUGGCUACCACACCCUGCAGUACAAACGCACUGCAGUGGAGCACCAGCGCAGCGACAGCCCUGGUCGCAUCCGACAUCUUGUGCACUCUGUCCAGAAGCUCUUCACCAAGUCCCACUCACUGGAGGGGCCCUCGGGGUCUGGAGGAGGAGGCAGUAGCGGCGGGGGAAGGAUGAACGGGGGCAAGGCCAGCCCCGACGACCCCCCUUCUUCCUCGGGCACCCUGAAGCACACCAAGCGUGGCAAGAGCAAAGACCGCUCCAAGUCAGAGCCCAAAAUGCGCACAGCCAUCUCGGGCUACUGGAGCUCCGAUGACACGCUGGACCGGGAGGUGUGCCUCUACCACCACCACCACCAGGGUGGCGCCAUCAGCAGUGGCGGAAGCGCACCCUCCGGGGUGAUGACCAUGGGGCGCCACCCGGACAAGUCCCAGUCUCAGUACUUCAUGGAGUCCUACAACACCAUCAGCGCCCACUCCCUCAAGACAUCACGCAGCAACAAUGACGUGAAGUGCUCGACAUGCUCGGGGGCCGGAGGGGGAGUAACAGGAGGGGGAGGAGGUCUGCCGCUGGUUGGGGGGCUUGAUGGCCAGCUACAGUUGAAGAAGAGCUCGUGGUCAUCCACUCUGACGGUGAGCAGGGCCAGGGAGGUCUACCAGAAGGCCUCAGUCAACCUAGAUAAAGCCCUAGUGAAGUCCGAGCAGGGGCGCACCUGCCACUUCCUGCAGGUGCCCCAAGAUGAAUGGAGCGGUUUCUCUCCGCUGGGAAAAGAUGACGAGAUACCGUGCCGGAGGAUGCGCAGCGGCAGUUACAUCAAGGCCAUGGCGGAGGAGGAAAGCGGAGACUCGGACUGCAGUCCCAAGCCCUCGCCCAAAGUCCAGGCACGGCGGGCGAGCUACCUGAAGGCCACUCAGCCAUCUCUCACUGAGAUGACCACGCUCAAGAUCUCCACGGAGCACUCUCCCAAGCUGCAGAUCCGGAGCCACAGCUACCUGCGGGCGGUGAGUGAGGUUUCUAUCAAUAGGAGCCUGGACAGCUUGGACCCGGCAGGGCUGCUGGCCUCGCCCAAAUUCCGCUCGCGAAACGAGAGCUACAUGAGAGCCAUGAGCACCAUCAGCCAGGUGAGCGAGGUGGAGGUGAACGGGCAGAUCGAGGCGGUGUGCGAGUCGGUGUUCAGCGAGAUGGAGUCGCAGGCGGUGGACGCACUGGACCUGCCCAUGCCAGGCUGCUUCCGUAUGCGCAGCCACAGCUAUGUGCGCGCCAUUGAGAAAGGCUGCUCCCAGGACGAGGAAGACGGGGGCACUGCGAUGGGCAACAGGGGGUCCAUCUCACCCCCCCGCACCACCACGACUGUGAGGACCAUCCAGAGCAGUACAGUGUCAUCAUGCAUCACAACAUACAAGAAGACGCCUCCCCCGGUCCCGCCGCGGACCACCCCUUCCAAACCCUUCAUAUCCAUCACAGCCCAGAGUAGCACUGAGUCGGCCCAGGAUGCCUACAUGGAUGGGGGUAGCGGCCUGCGGACCGGUAUCAGCUCCCAGCCGGGCCUGUCCAACUCCACAGAGAGCAUCGACAGCAUGAAGGCCCUGACGGCGGCCAUUGAGGCAGCCAACGCCCAGGUGCACGGCCCUGCCAGUCAGCAUGUCACCAACAGCACCAUCACCAUCACAGCCACCGCCACCACGUCCACUGUUGCCCACGUUUCCGCCGACACGAAGGCGCAGAGGGACGCACUCCGCAAGUGCCUCUCCAUAGGGAUCCAGGUGGACCCAGAGGAAGCAGGGUCGACCGAGGAACAGUCCAAGUUCCAGUCAAUAGGCAUUCAGGUGGAGGAUGACCGAUGUUACCGCAGGAUGACCCGCUCCAACAGCGUCACCACAGCGGUGCAGGCGGACCUCGGCGACCCCGCGGAUGCCCCAGACCUGCCGCCACGCCAUUUUGCCACCAUGCCACGCCAGCACUCCCGCGACGCCGCCACCUCCACUGUCAGCAUCCAGGGCUCGGGCAACCACUACCACGCUUGCGCCGGGGACGACUAUGGGGAGGUGGGGUUCGACCCAUCCAUCCUGCCCCCCCCGGACCCCUGGAUGGACAGCGUGGCAGAGCCAGAGGAGCAGGCGGUGACCCCGGGGACGGUCAGCCGCUCGGUGUGCCCACGCGACGGCCACUGGUUCCUCAAACUGCUGCAGGCGGAGACAGAGCGCAUGGAGGGCUGGUGCCGACAGAUGGAACGGGACGAGACGGAGAACGAGCUGCCUGAAGAGAUCCUGGGGAAGAUCCGCAGUGCAGUGGGGAGUGCCCAGCUGCUGAUGUGCCAGAAGUUCCAGCAGUUCCGGGAGCUGUGUGAGGAGAAUCUGAACCCAAAUGCGCAUCCACGACCCGUCAUCUCGCAGGACCUGGCAGGGUUCUGGGACAUGCUUCAGCUGUCCAUCGAGAACAUCAGCCUGAAGUUUGAUGAGCUCCACCAGCUCAAAGCCAACAACUGGAAACCCCUGGAUCCCCCAGAAGUUAAGGAGAGAAGGAUGCCCCCUCCCGUGCCAAAGAAGUCCCAGAAGGGCCACCCUCCCCUGGCCAGGGACCGAUCCCUGGAGAGCUCUGAGCGGCAGCGUCUGGAGGCGCGCAAGCGGCUGCUAGCUGCGAAGCGCGCCGUCUCAGUUCGACAGAGCUCUGCCACCGAGAGUGCAGACAGUAUCGAGAUCUAUAUCCCCGAGGCCCAGACCAGACUAUGAGAUACACAAAAAAAACCAACAUUUACAUAAGCGCGCGCACACACACACGCACACGUGUAUGGUUUGACACUGUGUUUGACGAAACACACAUACAAACAUGCCCGAGACACUGUCAGGUCACAUAACAGCACUGAAUGGCGGUGGUAGGGUGCUAGCGUAAUGUAAUCUCAGUGUGGGUGACUUCUCAAAGCAGGGUGGGGUCAGCCGCAGAGAAGUCGGUCGGACGAGAACUGUACAUUUAUUUAUUUAUUUAUUUAUCUAUCUAUUCUCUCUUGUUUAUUUCUCCCAGCUUCGAUGUAGCAAUACCCCCCCCACCUCCC